ACAUUGAUUAUUGGCGUGACCUGUUCCUUCUUCAUUAACCCACUUCUAUGCUUUCCUUCCUACUCUUCCGAAUGUAAUGAAUACAGACCUGACCAGAAGAGGUCCCGUUUCAUCACCGAAUGUCGAGCAACAACUCUGCUCGAGUCACCUCCGCCGACUCCUUCGUCGCUAGUAGCCGCCGCCGUCGCCCCUGCCACAGCGGCACCAGCAGCAGCCGCGACUUGGUCACGGCUCGCCGCCUCUCCCUUGACCUGGUCACUGCCUCCCGCCGCCACCUCUCCUUGCUCCGCUCCUUCGCCGCCUCUCCCGUCCUCCACCACGUCCCCACCAUCGCCCGCGCCAUCCGACGGUAUAACCGGCUUUGGAUGCCGCUGAUUUCGGAGCUCACGCAGGCGGCACCGCCUUCGGCCCCUCCGAUGCUCCUCCCUCCUUCAUAUGUUCACUGGGUGUGGCACUGCCACUGCCUAGACCCGGCGGGGAGCUAUCUCGAAUACUGCAUCUCAAGAUUCGGGGCUUUGAUUGAUCGGUCGCUGAUCAUCGACGACGAAAAUGAGGAGUACGCAUACUACAGAUGCCGGGAGAUCUGGGCAGCACGGUAUCCUUCUGAGCAAUUCGAUUUCGACGUCGACGAAGCUGCCGAAUACGAGGAAGCAGUCGGCGCCGAAGAGAGCGGCAGUGACCUUUUUGCGGUGGUGCAGAGGUAUCGCUUGCUCCCUUCCUUCUUCUCCGACCCCUUUGUUUCGGAGACCGUUUACCUAGUGGCAGCGCAGCGGAGAUACUUCUGCUUGCCUGACUUGAGCCCACAAAAAGAGUGUACACUGGCAACAGAAGAUUCCUCGGACUGGCUGUACACCUUCCAGGUUGCAUAUACUCCAUUGUUCAACAACUUCUGA